CCACCUAUGGGAGAUGCCAGCACCAUAGGUAGCAGCUUUACCUGCAAUAUCACGGGUUAAGCCUGCUAGAUUUUCGUUCACUCUUUUUCUUAGGUUGGCUAUUCGUUCUGGUCUCAACUGGUCUGAGAUGCCCUUUGCAAAGCUCCCUGCCGCCUGGGACUGCUGUUAAUUUUAUAUCGUCAGUCCUACAGAGGGCACAGUGCCUCCCCAUCCGUUCUCACUCUGCGUUUCUCAUCUAUUCUGUGGGCUUCGCUAUUGGCUGUGUUGUUUGUUUCUUUCCACUUCCCAGCAGACCUGCCAGUUCUAACAUGAAUGCUGCUACUUUUAGGUUAUAAUUGUCCUGAUAAAGAUACUACUAGAAUCAGUGGUUGUCAGGUGACUGCUCUAUUGUUGCAUUUGGAAAUUCUUAAGUAGAGGUGAAUGUUUUUAUUGGCUCAUUUCUUUGUGAUAUCAGGACCUACUUUAUAGUUUCUUCAUGUGGGAAAGCCUACUGUUCACAUGUUUUAUUGUAUAUAGUCCUCAUUUUCCUAUUUGGAAAUAAUACUUUUAGGUGAGCCAAAUACAUCCUUUUAUGAAGCGGUCAAGGAAACCUGUGGCCCUUGCACCCUCCCCCUGAACUUGCUUGCUUUGUCCACCCCGUGGUAGACCCUGAGCUUUCUGGGACCAAGGCAUUUACGCAUGAGCACUGCCAGGGUGACAGUGUUGCCUUCCUGACUAUUGAACAUUCAUGUGAGGGCAUCUCAGUACAUUUAUUGUGUAUGUUGCAUCUUUUUUUUUUUUUUUUUUUAGCAUAAAAGUGAUAAUAUGGGAAAAUGGGGUGCCUGCUCAGAUACCUGGGAAGAACCAUGGUACCUGAGGGCUGUUGUAUUCUCCGGGUAAGGGAAAGGAACAGCUAGUUUGUGUGGCUAAAAACAAUGUUUAUAUGAAGAACAGAGCAUUGAAAGUUAACUCCUUUCUUUUUCCCCCUCAGGAUUAAAAUAUUUGCUGAGCAGUGGACCCAGAGACCAAUAAAAAUAAACUUCUACCUGAAUAUCAUUUGACUGGUUAGCCAGUUGCUGAUGAAUAUUCAAAAUGAGUGGACUAGGAGAGAACUUGGAUCCUCGGGCUAGUGACUCGCGAAAGCGUAAGCUGCAGUGUGAUACCCCGGGACCAGGUCUCACAUGCACAGGUGAAAAGUGGAGACGAGAACAGGAGAGCAAAUAUAUUGAAGAACUGGCCGAACUGAUAUCUGCAAAUCUGAGUGAUAUCGACACGUUCAAUGUCAAGCCAGAUAAAUGUGCGAUUUUAAAGGAGACAGUAAGACAGAUUCGUCAGAUAAAAGAGCAAGGAAAAACUAUUUGCAACGAUGAUGAUGUUCAGAAAGCUGACGUGUCUUCAACAGGUCAGGGAGUGAUUGAUAAAGACUCUUUGGGCCCUCUGCUGCUUCAGGCAUUGGAUGGUUUCCUGUUUGUGGUGAAUAGAGAUGGAAACAUUGUAUUUGUGUCAGAAAAUGUUACCCAGUAUUUACAGUAUAAGCAGGAGGACCUGGUUAACACAAGUGUCUACAGUAUCUUACAUGAAGAAGACAGAAAGGAUUUUCUUAAGAACCUGCCCAAGUCUACAGUCAAUGGGGUUUCUUGGACGAAUGAGACCCAGAGACAAAAAAGUCAUACAUUCAAUUGCCGUAUGCUGAUGAAAACGUCGCAUGACCUUCUGGACGAUCCGAACACCAGUCCUGACAUGCGCCAGAGAUAUGAAACCAUGCAGUGCUUUGCCCUGUCUCAGCCCCGGGCCAUGAUGGAGGAAGGGGAAGAUUUGCAGUCCUGCAUGAUCUGUGUGGCACGCCGCAUCACCACAGGAGAAAGAGCAUUUCCACCCAACCCCGAGAGCUUUAUUACUAGACAUGAUCUUUCAGGAAAAGUUGUCAAUAUAGAUACAAAUUCACUGAGGUCCUCCAUGAGGCCUGGCUUUGAAGACACGAUUCGAAGGUGUAUCCAGAGAUUUUUUAGUCUUAAUGACGGGCAGCCGGGGACCCAGAAGCGUCAUUAUCAAGAAGCCUACAUCCACGGCCAUGCAGAAACACCCGUGUACCGGUUUUCCUUGGCUGAUGGCACCAUCGUGACUGCACAGACAAAGAGCAAGCUCUUCCGCAACCCUGUAACUAACGACCGGCACGGCUUUGUGUCAACCCACUUCCUUCAGAGGGAACAGAAUGGGUAUAGGCCAACCCCAAGCUCUGUUGGACAGGCCGUUAGAGCUCCUGCCCCAGCAUGCAGUAGUUCUGUGGGUGGCGUGAAUGUGUCACCCAACCAAGGCCUACAGAUUCUGAAUAGCAGGACCUAUGGCGCGGCAGACCCCAGCACCACAGGGCAGAUGAGUGGAGCUAGGUAUGGGAGCUCCAGUAACAUGAGCUCGCUGACGCCCGGGCCGAGCAUGCAGUCACCAUCUUCGUACCAGAACAACAACUAUGGACUCCACAUGAGCAGCCCCCCGCACGGCAGUCCUGGUCUGGGCUCCAGCCAGCAGAACAUCAUGAUUUCGCCUCGUCAUCGCGGUAGUCCAAAGAUGGCCUCGCAUCAGUUUUCUCCUGUUGCAGGUGUGCACUCUCCCAUGGGGUCUUCCAGCACCACCGGGAGCCACAACUUUUCCAGCAGCUCUCUCAGUGCCCUGCAAGCCAUCAGUGAGGGCGUGGGGACUUCUCUUUUAUCAACUCUGUCUUCACCAGGCCCUAAAUUGGAUAACUCUCCAAAUAUGAAUAUAACCCAACCAAGUAAAGUGAACAGUCAGGAUUCCAAAAGUCCCCUUGGCUUGUACUGUGACCAGAACCCAGUGGAGAGUUCAAUGUGUCAGUCAAAUAGCAGAGAACACCUCAGUGACAGAGAAAGCAAGGAGAGCAGUGUGGAGGUGUCAGAGAAUCAGCGGGGCCCCUUGGAGAGCAAAGGUCAUAAAAAGUUGCUUCAGCUACUCACCUGCUCUUCUGAUGACCGGGGGCAUUCCUCCCUGACCAAUUCCCCCCUUGACUCAAGUUCUAAAGACUCCUCUGUCAGCAUCACCAGCCCCUCUGGAGUAUCCUCCUCGACGUCAGGGGGCGUGUCCUCCACAUCCAAUCUACACGGGUCGCUGUUGCAAGAGAAGCACCGGAUUUUGCACAAGUUGCUGCAGAAUGGGAACUCGCCAGCUGAAGUGGCCAAGAUUACUGCCGAGGCCACCGGCAAGGACACAAGCAGCACGCUUCCCUGCACGGAGGGAAGCGUUAAGCAGGAGCAGCUCAGUCCCAAGAGGAAGGAGAAUAACGCGCUGCUUAGGUAUCUGCUGGACAGGGAUGAGCCGAGCGAUGCCCUCACCAAGGACCUGCAGCCCCAGGUGGACACAGCAGAGAGUAAAAUGGGUCAGUGCAGCAGCUCCACCACCGCCAGCUCAAGCCAAGAGAAGGACACAAAAAUUAAAACCGAACCAAGCGAGGAGGGCUCUGGAGACUUGGAUAACCUGGAUGCUAUUCUUGGUGAUCUAACCAGUUCUGAUUUCUACAAUUCCAUGUCUACAAAUGGUGGUCAUCUGGGGACCAAGCAGCAGAUGUUUCAAGGAACUAAUUCUUUGGGUUUGAGAAGCCCCCAGUCUGCGCAGUCUGUUCGCCCUCCCUAUAACCGAGCAGUGUCUCUAGACAGCCCUGUUUCUGUUGGCUCAGGUCCUCCUGGAAAGAAUGUCAGUGCUUUCCCUACGUUACCAAAGCAACCUGCGUUGGGUGGAAAUCCCAGAAUGGUGGACACCCAGGAAAAUUAUGGCUCGAAUAUGGGUGGACCAAACAGAAACAUGACUGUGACUCAGACUCCUUCCUCGGGAGACUGGGGCUUGCCGAACCCGAAGGCCAGCCGAGUGGAACCCAUGGGCUCAGGUGCCAUGGGCAGACCAGCAGCAGAUUACAAUGGCUCUUUACCCAGACCCACGCUGGGAGGCUCUGUGCCCUCCUUGCCCCUGCGUUCUACCAGCAUCCCAGGUGUGAGACCAGUGAUGCAGCAGCAGCAGCAACUUCCCAUGAGGCCUAGUGAAAUUCCUGUGGGAAUGGGGGUCAAUCCCUAUGGCCAAGCAGCCCCAACCAACCAGUCAGGUUCCUGGCCAGAUGGCAUGCUGUCCAUGGAACAGGGCCCACAUGGGACUCAAAACAGGAAUUCCCUGGACGAUCUCCUUGGGCCUCCUCCUAACCUGGAAGGCCAGACUGAUGAAAGAGCCUUGCUGGAUCAGCUGCACACCCUCCUGAGCAACACGGACGCCACGGGCCUGGAGGAGAUUGACAGAGCGCUGGGCAUCCCUGAGCUGGUGAAUCAGGGACAAGCUCUGGAGCCCAAACAGGAUGCUUUCCAAGGCCAAGAAGCAGCAGUGAUGAUGGAUCAGAAGGCCACGUUAUACGGGCAGGCGUACCCUGCACAGGGGCCUCCGAUGCAAGGAGGCUUUAACCUUCAGGGACAAUCACCACCUUUUAACUCGAUGAUGAAUCAGAUGAACCAACAAGGCAACUUUGCUCUCCAGGGAAUGCACCCGAGGGCCAACAUGAUGAGGCCCCGGACCAACACCCCCAAGCAGCUCCGGAUGCAGCUGCAGCAGAGGCUGCAGGGCCAGCAGUUUUUGAAUCAGAGUCGCCAAGCACUUGAAAUGAAAAUGGAAAACCCAGCUGCUGGCGGUGCUGCCGUGAUGAGGCCCAUGACACAGCCCCAGGGUUUUCUUAAUGCUCAGAUGGCUGCCCAGCGCAGCCGAGAGCUACUGAGUCAUCACUUCCGACAGCAGAGGGUAGCCAUGAUGAUGCAGCAGCCUCAACCCCAGGCCUUCAGCCCGCCCCCCAAUGUGACCGCCUCCCCCAGCAUGGAUGGCAUCUUGGCAGGACCUGCGAUGCCACAAGCACCGCCACAGCAGUUUCCGUAUCCACCAAAUUAUGGAAUGGGACAACAGCCGGACCCAGCUUUUGCAAGAGUGUCCAGUCCUCCGGAUGCGAUGAUGUCAUCAAGAAUGGGUCCUUCCCAGAAUCCCAUGAUGCAGCACCCUCAGACUGCACCCAUGUAUCAGUCCUCAGAAAUGAAGGCCUGGCCAUCAGGAAACCUGGCCAGGAACAGUUCCUUCGCCCAGCAGCAGUUUGCCCACCAGGGAAAUCCUGCAGCGUAUGGCAUGAUGCACAUGAAUGGUAGCAGUGGUCACUUGGGACAGAUGACCAUGCACCCAAUGCCCAUGUCCGGCAUGCCCAUGGGUCCUGACCAGAAAUAUUGCUGACGUCUGUGGACCAGGUCCUCUGAGGUCACUGUCAGGUGACCCUGUGCAGGGACCGUCGGGAGGGAGUCGUUUGGAGUGUCCCUGUGGUUUCCGUCCAGGGCGUUGCAAGCGAUGUCCGAGGUGGAUGGACUUCUAAGCUGAAGCGCAGUGUCUGCCUGUGUCCUGGUGUCCAGAGGACGAGCGUGUCUGGCGUCACUCCUCCCAGGGAUGCGACUCUGGAGAUAUGAGGUGUCACUGAUCGCAAAAUUCCCUCGUGUCACUUCUUUCUGCCUUGAUAGCCAAAGUCUUUCAGAUAGUACUAUGUAGGUGGCCCGAGGACAUCGAGAGACUGAGAGCAGUGUUGGACCAAGAACACAGUCGCACUCCUCCUGUGUGUUCGUCCCUACUGAGCACUUCCCUUGGAAUUGGCUUUCCCUACUCGUGUCCUUAGCUGCUGGUGGCGAACACUCAGUCCCUGACGGAGAUUUCGGUGUGUCCCCACGUUCUGUAAUGCUUCACCUCUAGGGAUUGUCACUCAUGUCAGAUGGCUUUGCAGAAGGGAAAAUGAGACGACAGUAUUUAAUUGCAGCAGUAGCAAAAGUUUUACAUGCUAGCGUGCAGCCGAGUGCACUUUAUUUAAAACGUAAGGAUAAAUGCAAUAUUCUUGAGGUCUUGAGGAGUGAACCACAUUCCUGGUUUUUGUCUAAUCUGUUGGACAAGAACUAUGAUUUUUUUCUUUAAAUACUAGUGUCACCCUUUGCCUAUAUGGUAGAGCAAUAAUGCUUUUUGAAAAUAAACUUGUGAAACUCAAGGCCAGGUACUGCAUUCUGAAUCAGAAUUUUGCAGUGUUUCUGUGAAUAGUUUUUUUUUUUGUAAAUAUGACCUUUAAGAUAUUGUAUUAUGUAAAAUAUGUAUAUACCUUUUUUUUUUUAAUCACAACAACUCAUUUUUACAGAGUUUGUGAAGAUAAAUAUUUAACAUUGCUGAUUUCAGUAGCUCAGUGCGGUGGGCUGCCAACACAAGAGCCCUGCCCUCAACUGUGUGGCGUGGGCGGGGACAGCGGCCGGCAGCUCUGCCUCCUCCAGCCUUUGAGGCCUCGCCCCUUUCCAUCUCACACUCUAAAUGCUUCUAAAAGAUCAUUUGCUUAAGAUGUAGGCAUUUUAAAUUAAAAAGAAAAAAAAAUCUUCUGCCAAAACCAAGCACUUUUAUUAAUUUAGGAGGAAAGAACGGAUAUGUGGAGAUAAAUUCUUUUUAAAAAUCAGGAAUCAAAAACAAGCAGUUUGAUUUAAAAGAAAUCUGGCUUUUUAUUAGUCCAUAAAUGAAACAGUAGCAAUUCUUUUUAAUUAAGUUGUCUUUUCAUCCAUUCUGGGAGGAUUUUGGUUGCUAGGACCCGGAUCCCACGUGAGUUCCCAGGAGUGUAAGCUUGGGCGUACUUCCUGCCCUUCUGCUCGCACGACGUGGUCGUGACGUGCCCGCGAGUUAUGAGUAGUGUCCCUAAAUGUGGUCUGCCGGGGUCUGGAUCCUGUACACCCCCUCUCCAGUUUACCCCGUCUCCUGCAGCUGCCUUUCCCCCCGACACCUGCAAACUGACUUAGGAGCAGGGGGAAAAUCAAGUUUUAAUUCUUUUAUUAGGAUUAAUUAGGUUCAAAACCAAUUCAUAGAGCUGGGUUUUUGGAAUAUUUAUGAAUUUCAAAGAUCUCUGCCAGCAUCGGCAUAAUUUUCUAGCAAUACUAUAGUAAUACUACAAUAAUUUUUUUACAGUUGUUUUUCACACCUUCAGCCAGUCUUUGUAAAUGUCUGAAGGAAGGGGGGUAAGAUGGCUUGAUUGGGAAGAACAUUGGCCCUGAUGUUCCCAGAGCCACCACGAGGGGGCACUUUGUUUUUUUCCCAAGUGUAUAGAGCAUUUUGAGUCUCCUACCCCUUCUCCACUGGUGUUAAAAAUAAAGUUGGGAUUAUAAGUGCAUAAACUUCCCCUCAUUGUACUUUUCCGGUGACCCCUUCUCCUGUCUGCGGGGUUCAGGUAGCGCAGAGGACGAGCCUGUCCUGACCAGCCGUGUCGGAUGUGUUCUGUACUCCGACAGAACUCAGAACCCAGCAGGAGCUCGCCGCCUGCCCUCCUCCCUCAGGCCUGGCUCUGGGCUCACCUCCUUUUUAUAUGAGGGACAAUUUAAAUUUAUUACAAGUGUUUAUAUUUUCUACCUAUUCAUCCUAUUGGUGCAAACUCAAGAUUUUGAUUCUCUUUUGAUCAGUGCCAUCUUUGAGACAUUUAGUUUUUUAAUCUUUCUUGCCCUUUUAUCUGUUUUGGAUGAUGCUCUUUGUACUCCUGCUGCCGGCCUCUCUCCACCCUUUCCUCACCCCUGCGCAAACCUAGGUAUCUCUCUGAAUGACCAGGACAAGUCCGCUUUUCAUCUGCUUUUAGAAAUGUGGGAUAUUUCCAGUACCUACCUUUUUUUUUUUGUUUUGCUGAAUCCAAAGAUAUAUAAAUUUAAAAUAUAUUUUAUGAAGAUCAAAAUGAUAUAACACAUACAUGUUUUUUCUUUUACAAAAACAGAAGCGGCACUAAUGUUCAUAUUAAUGCCACUCUUUAAAUCGCAUCUGGAUCAAAAGGUGUAAAUAUCAAUACACAGUCCUGCUUAGACUCAGCGUUUACUGUCUGCAGGGGGAGAGUGGAGAGGCAGGCUCAGCUGACGAGAGCCGGCUCCUGCCCUCGCAGCUAGACGGAAGCAGCUGGAAAGAAAUGAGACGGAUUGCCCGUCACCCUUGCCUGUGCAGAAGCUUGGGGCAGCGUCCCCAAGCAGCGUGAGUGGCUUUCAGCCGCAGGGUCACUGCAGCAGCGGGCAGCAUGUGGCCGCUUCAUGAUGGAAAUGUCAGGCCUAGAGCAAUAUCUCAAUUCUCAGGAAUUGAUUUAGAGUAUUAAGAAUGAAUUGUGUUUCAGUCGAGUUUACAUUAAGCACUGCUUUAGAAUCCUUUCAUCCCUCAGACCCCUGAGACCACGAGAGAUGACUCCAGAAGGUCCCCUGAGCUGUGAGUGCUUCGCUGGCCAUUUUAGAUGUGACUGUAAAUAAAGGUUUCUAUUUAACGUUG